AUGCAGUUCAUUAUAAAUAACUGGAAGUCUCGAGUGGGAGGCCCGGUGGAUGCCAGCGCUUUUCUAAAAUCAUUGCGGUCUCCUCGUUCGCUGGCGAAAGAAAAAGAAAUGCUCAUCGACUUGUUUGAUGACUGGGAUGUACUCACCAACACAUGGUUUGAGGUGGCGGAUUGCGCCAGCUUUAUCGAAGAACUUUCUGAGAACAAAGAGUUCCCAGCUCGGCAAAAGGCUGCCUUGCUUGCGUCGAAAGUUGCAUUUUGUUUGGAAGACUACGAGAAUGCGCUGAACUUUGCCCUAGCUGCUGAUACUCAUUUCAAGCUAACUCCGAGACCGAAAUCCAAAACAGUCGGAGACAAGGACGAUGAGGUUUGGCUUUGCCUCAUCUGCACUUAUUACCAAUAUCUGGACUAA